AUGGAGUGUGCAAGUCCGGAGACUGUGGCAUCAAAGACGCCAAAAUCAGCUCCUGCCAGCGGCUCAGAACCCGCGCUUGCCCCGCCUAUAGAAUCUUCAUCCCGGCCUUCUACUUCCCACGAUCAGUUUCGUGCUGCCGCCCACGUAAGUGGCAAUAGUCUUCCUGGUGGUCAUGACAGGUCUGAGCAGUCGCCGCAGCCGCGUGACCAUAACGCCGGCAAAACACUCCAAGAGAUCUGGUCUGAUCUAGUGGGCUUCUGGUCAGAGUCUUCCCAUAAUCGGACCUUUGAUCCCGAAGCGGAAGACUUCAAUUACUUGCAAGACUGGCUCAAGCAUGCCAUGAGCCGAUACCCGAGCUUAUCAUGGAAACUGCUGCUCAUGAACCUGUGCGCAAUUGCGGCCUCUCACGAUCCAUGGACAGGAGAAUUGCAGCCAGAGUUCACGAUCAUCACGUCCGCGAAGUCAGCGAGAGAAACGCAAAUAACAAGUUCGGAUGCAUGGCGGUCACUAGCCUCAGCUAAUAAUGGCGAGAAUCUACACUCGGCUGGGAAGCAGCCAGUAUUGAUUACGCUUUUCCCGGACCCAGGCUUCAAUUUCAAGACUUACGGAGCUCUCUGGCGUUCGAUGGAUGUCACCCAUCCCAAGGAAUACGGGAAAGUCUACCACCUGAUCUCAGGCCUUUUGUAUGCGACUAUAUCACUGACGAUUUUCAAUACCGGUGUAAGUGCUUUCGCCGCAGCACUUCGAUACCUGGACGCAUGCGGCGUUUGCGGCUACACUCCACCCUUGGUUCCAAGGUACUCGGCUCACGCCGCGCUGUGCUUAAGAUCAGCUCGUCUUUUGCUGACACUCUCGAAAGGGUGGCAUUAUGAUCUUGCCAACGGGAACCUGAAUAGUCGCCCACUUUCUCAAACUGUGGUCCUGAGCAUACAUCAGCAUGUGGAUGACUCAGGCGGAGCUGACGACUCGGGCCGGGUAUGGGCCCUGCUGACAGACUUGUGCUCAUCACAGGGCGACUGGGAGGGUGUAGCGAAGCCUAGUGAGCCCUCAGUGGGCGACAGUGCUAGUUCAGCAGGAGCAAACGUCCUUCUGGUGCCAGAUAGCCACUCAGAUCCCGAUGAUGCUUCGCAGGGCGACUUGCAUAUCUGGGAUGGCCGCGCGCUUAGAUCAAUCACAUAUUAUGUGGCACUGGCGUGGCUCCGACUACACUGGAGUCAACAAGCUCGGCAUCAGGCAUCAAGCGACACUUCCCGCGCCAUGACUGACCUCAAAAUUGCUGGGACGAACUUACAAGGCUGGCUGGACGCGUCAGAGUCAUCCAGUCAAGCCAAGCCACCAACUUGCCCAUUGGAAGAGGCUUUCGCCCGACAGUAUACGAACGCCCUAGCGGAAGCACAGAUCUUGGCCGAGGCCCUCACCUUCGAGAGCACACAGCUCAAUAUCCGUGAAACGCAGAAGGGCAUCGAGUUAAGCGAAAAGAGUCUACGAGAAGCCCAUGCGGUUGGCCGGCUGACGCAGCUCGCCUUCAUUUUCCUGCCUCUCACGUUCAUAACCGGCAUCUUUGGCAUGAACAUCACAGCUUUUGGAGGUGGGGCGCCCAUGUGGAAGUUCUACGUGACCACGUUCGCCAUUCUGAUUCCUUUCUGGGGAAUGGGGAUUAUGACGACCUGGGAAGACGUGGAACGCAAAUAUUCGAGCUUACAUCGUCGUCCCGUGGAGGGACAAGACGAUGGCCGACAACCGAGGAAAGAGAUGCGCCGACUGAUAGAGCUCCCCGUCGUAACUCUGAUCUACGCGUGUGCAGAACAGUCUCUUCGGUGUUAUUCUACUGUUUACAUCCGAAAAAGCUUUGGAAGUUGUUGGUUUCCUACUUGGAAUUCCCCUCUCUCGCAGGCGUAG